UGACAUCCUCACACCACCUUAUAUAGAAAGCUAUCCGAAGCAUUUGCAAUGGCCUGAUGUAUCCAUUUCUCCAUCUCUGCGGAGGUUCCCCGUAGCCCGCGUAUCCCCUCCGCCGAAGAGAACCUGCGGGGUUAGUGUUGUUGGAAGCUUCCUAAUCAAGCGGUGUAAGGGCUUCGUGAGAGCUCGCCGCCACAUUUACAGUCAUGCCAGACUCACCUACUCCGAAGCUACCCUCGUCCUCGCCCUCCCUACAAAAUCCCUCACAAUCCCGCCUCACUCAGAUAUCUUCACACGUCGUCCCCAUGGCUGCUACAUCUUUCGACGCGAAUGUCGUCCCGCAGGCGCCAGAAGACCCGUUGUUCGGGCUGAUGGCUGCCUUUCGGCGCGACACUGACGCCAAGAAGGUCGACUUGGGCAUUGGAGCCUACAGGGACAACAAUGCGAAGCCCUGGGUGCUGCCUGUGGUGAAGAAGGCCGACGACCGCCUCCGCAGCGAUCCGGAGCUCAACCACGAGUACCUGCCCAUUGCCGGUCUUCCCGAAUUUACUUCAGCCUCACAGAAGCUGGUACUGGGCGGCGACAGUCCUGCCAUCAAGGAGAAACGGGUCACGAGUCUGCAGACCAUCUCUGGCACCGGUGCCGUGCAUCUGGGCGCCCUCUUCCUUGCCAAGUUCUACAAGCCCGAGACGGAUCGUCUGUCGUACUUCUCCGACCCGACAUGGGCGAACCACUUCCAGAUCUUCUCCAACGUCGGCCUCGCAUACAAGACAUACCCCUACUUCUCCAAGAAGACAAAGGGCCUCGACUUCGAUGGCAUGGUCGGCACCCUCCAGGACGCGCCGGAGGGCAGCAUCAUUGUGCUGCACGCCUGCGCUCACAAUCCCACUGGCGUCGACGCUACACAAGAGCAGUGGAAGAAGAUCGCAGACGUCAUGCGCACCAAGAAGCACUUUCCCUUCUUCGACACCGCCUACCAGGGCUUUGCCUCGGGAGACCUUGCCCGCGACGGCUGGGCAAUCCGCUACUUUGUCGAGCAGGGCUUCGAACUCUGCGUCGCCCAGUCAUACGCGAAGAACUUUGGUCUGUACGGCGAGCGUGCCGGCUGCUUCCACUUCGUCACCUCACCCUCGUCUGAUGCAGAAUCCACUAUUGGCCGCAUUGCCUCACAGCUCGCCAUCCUCCAGCGCUCUGAGAUCUCGAAUCCACCUGCGUAUGGCGCCCGUAUUGCCUCGACCGUGCUGAACGACCCAGAGCUCUUCGCCCUGUGGGAAGAGAAUUUGCGGGAGAUGUCUGGUCGCAUCAAGGAGAUGCGCACAGCCCUGCGCAGCAAACUUGAAGAGCUGGAUACGCCUGGUACGUGGAACCACAUCACGGACCAGAUCGGCAUGUUCAGCUUUACUGGCUUGACCGAGCAGCAGGUCAUGAAGAUCCGCGAGGAUUCUCAUGUCUACAUGACCAAGAACGGACGUAUCUCCAUGGCCGGUCUCAAUACUCACAACGUUGAAUACUUUGCCAAGGCUGUUGACAAGGUCAUUCGUGAGACGCAGUGAUGUGUGAGCGAUUAGGCGUGUGGAGUCGUGUGGGUUACGAAGCGUCCCCUAUCUGCUCGCCUCUGUUGAGGUUCAAAUAGUGCGAUGUGUAACGAUCGACUCGAAGAGUAAUGGCUAUGAGAACACGACAACG